AUGCCUUACUCGCCAGUGAACUUCUAUGAUGCCGAUCUCAAGAUCUGGAGCGGAGAGCCAGUGGAGCACUACUUUGACCCACAUCUGUCUAUCGGGGAGAUCAUCUUCCACGAGAUGCGGCGUCAUCCCAAGCUCAUUGCCCAGAUCUCGGCCACGGAGAACACUGUGCUGACCAGACAAGAGCUCCAUACCAACUCGAUGAAGAUUGCCAGUUAUAUGCGCUCCUUGGGUCUCCUCCUCUGCGAUGGAGAUGAGUUCGAGAAGGUGCGAGUUGCCACAGCAUCCCUGGAUGUAAAGAUCAUCACCAUGCGCAAUCAUUCAUCGGACUCUAUUAGUAUUGAUGAAGUUUUAACCACUCCCAUUGAGAAAAUGUUCCAACCAGCUCGUUUGGAACAGGGCAACGAUCAGAAUCUGGCUAUUCUCUGCUCUUCUGGUACCACUGGAACUCCCAAGGCGGUUACCAUUACCAACAGCCGACAUAUCCUGGCUGCCAACAACCACCUGACCACAGCUGACAUUCAAUACUCCCACAACACCCUCGAUUGGAUAAGCGGUCUAUUGACCACUGUAACCUCUGGAGUGUUGAGCACCACCCGGAUCAUUGCUGACAAUGCCUUUGAUCCCGCCUUUGCCCUGCGAAUCAUUGAGGAGUACAAGGUAACGUGGCUUAUUCAGCCGCCAUCCUGUAUGGCCAUGAUGGUGAAUUCUCCGGAAUUCGAGACCUGUGAUCUGUCCAGUCUGCGGUACUUCGUCUUCGGUGGAUCUCGUGCUGCAAUAGAGGUGCAGCAGGCCAUCAGGAGUCGGCUGAGCAGCGACUGCCUGCAGUUUAUGUAUGGAUUCACGGAACUCGGUGCCUUGGCCACCUACAAUUGUCACUUUGACGAGAAGCCCAACUCGGUGGGACGUUUGGUAAGGGGCCUCGAGAUGAAGAUCGUCUCUGAAGAUGGCCAAUCCCUUGGACCGGGCGAGAUGGGCGAAGUGUGGAUCAAGAAUAACCAACACUGGGCAGGUUACUAUGGAAACCAGCUUGAAAGUCGGAACAUGAGAGAUUCUCAGGGAUGGUAUCACUCCGGAGACCUGGGAUACAUGGAUCAAGACGGCUUUCUGUACAUCGUUGAUCGCAAAAAGGACAUGCUGAGGUGCUUGGAAACAAUGUACUAUCCCCACGAUAUUGAAUGCGAUGUAGCCGAUGUCUGUGUCUUUGGGGUGUGGGAUCAAAUCAACGGGGAUAAGGCUGCUGCCGCUGUGGAAAAGAAACUUGGGAGCGAUCUGAGAGCCGAGGAUGUUGUGGAGUAUGUGAGGAAGCGAACGGAUUCCAAGUAUAAGCACCUGAAUGCAGGAGCCAUCAUUGUGGACGAACUGAAGCGCAGCUCCAACGGAAAGACCAACAGAAUGGCCAACAAGGAACACUACUUGCAAGUGAAGUCUGAAACCGUCUUUGUCCAUGUAGCCAAGAUCUCCGGAGUGAUACCAUCGCUCGGGAUCUCGCAUCUGGCGGGACUCCAGCUGGUUUCCAUAGUAACCUGCCCAGUGUUGAUUAUUCUUGAUACACACUUCGCCCAUCUCACCAGGUCCAAGGGAUUUGCCAUCCUCAGAUACUAUUUUCAGCUUGAGACCGUCGGCCAAACGUCCCACCGAGUUGGGCUUCUCAUCAAAGUGACAAUUGGCAAAGACGGGAUCAAAGGCAUUGUCAGCAAUGAUCCGAGUGGUGCUGAACACGCCAGAGGUUACAGUGGUCAAAAGACCGCUUAUCCAAUCGAGGGUGUUGUGGGAGUAUUGAAUGUCAGCUGUGGUCAGGUGGCUAUAAGUACCAGUUUUAAUGGGCAAAGAGCGACUGCAUCCAAGCGUGCUGCAGUUGCAAACGGCGCGUGCAUCACGAUGUUGGACCUCAAUGGUAAUCCCGCGACCACCUACGAUCCGAUCCAGAAGGUCUGGAGCGGCACCAGCAUCCAGAGCCUUUACAACGAGGACCUAACCGUGGGUCAGAUUAUCUACCGGCAGCUGCAACGGCAGCCCCAAAGGAUAUUUCAGAUUUCACACACGGACAACACACGGCUGACCCGCUUGCAGAUGCUGCAGAAUGCAUCCAAGGUUGGAUGCUAUCUGCGGGACCAGGGAUUCGACACGGAAACGGAUAUGGUGGGUCUUCUGGCCCGGAACUCCACCCAUGUGGCAGCGCUGGCCUACGGUUGCCUCUUCAAUGGCACACCCUUCCAUGCCGUCAAUCCCAAUCUGGAGCAGAAGACUAUUGCCAGUCUCUACAGGAUCACCAAGCCACGCAUCCUUUGCUGUGAUGUAGCGGACUACGAAAAGAUCAAGGACAUAGCUGCCUCCCUGGGAGCUCUGGUAGUGACGGUUAACGGGAAACUGCCAGGUGUCCUGAGUGCCACGGAUCUACUGCAGAAUCCCCUUCCCGAGGAUUACGAACCAGCGCAGUUCCUACGGGGAGUCGAUCGUACCAUGGCUAUCCUUUGCUCCUCGGGCACCACUGGAACGCCCAAGGCGGUGACUUUGUCCAACAGUCGCAAGCUGUUCGAGAUGCACAGCUACCUAGGACCAGAUGACGUUCAGUAUGCUCCUAGCACCUUGGACUGGCUGACGGGACUCAUCACCCUUGUCACAGCCGGGGUAUUCGGUACAGUUCGUCUAAUUUCCAGCGAUAUAUUCAGCACCGCACACUUCCUCGAUUUGUGCGAGCAGCACGAAAUCAGCUGGACCAUUAUGGCCAAUUCCCAUGUGGCCAUGUUGGCCAACUGUCCAAAGACUAGCACCCAGAGGCUACAGAGCCUGAAACAUUUGCUCUUUGCUGGUGGCCAUUGUCUAGUUGGGACUUUAAAGAAAAUGCAGUCCUUCCUGCAUGGUCCCGGUAUCCUAAGGAAUGCCUAUGGCCUGACCGAGGUGGGAACGCUAAUCUCCUACAACUACGACACCCAAACGAGGCCCACUUCGGUGGGUCGCCUCAUGGCGAACAUUCGAGUGAAGAUUGUGGACUCAUCGGGCCAGUUGCAGGGACCCAAGGGUAUGGGUGAGGUGCUCUGCCACAAUGGACAGUCCUGGAACGGAUACUUUGGAAAUCCCCAGGCCACGGCGGAGAUGAGAGACUCUGAGGGAUGGUAUCACACCGGUGAUGUGGGCUACUUCGACCAGGACAACUACCUGCACAUUGUGGAGCGCAAAAAGGAUAUGCUAAAGUAUCUCGGAAUGAUGUACUAUCCCCACGAAGUGGAGGAGGUGAUAGCCCAGAUGGCCGAUGUGGCCGAGGUCUGUGUCUUUGGCAUCUGGCGGGAAAUGGAGGGUGAUGCUGCCGCCGCAUCUGUAGUCCUCCGAUCCGGCAGUAACCUAAAUCCCAGCCAAGUGGAGCAGUUUGUGCGAAAGAACGUAUCCGUGCAGUUCAAGCAUCUCCAUGGUGGAGUACAGAUAGUUCCCCAGCUGGCGAAAAGCGCCAACGGCAAGGUCAAUCGACAUGCUGUUAAAGCGGCAUAUUUAAAAAAUGCGAACAAAUCUUGAA